UGGAUUGAGAUGGGUGUGAAGGAUCUAUGGAAGGUCUUGUGCCCUGUGGCACAGAAGUCUGUCCCUGUGAAAUCUUUGGCAGGAAAAACCCUGGCAGUAGACCUCAGUGGAUGGAUUGUGGAAUUUAGAAGUAAUCAGACUGUUCCACACCUGUAUCUCAGGACGUUAUACCAGAGAACAACUCGGCUGAUGAAGGCUUGAGUUAAGUUGGUCUUUAUUGCUGAUGGGGUAGCUCCCGAAUGUAAGAGAGAGACAAUAUUAGCUCGCAAUAAAGAUGGACUUGGAUCCAGCAAGAUACACAGACAGGGUUUUAAUUCAAUUGCUGAAAAGUGUUUUGGUGUGUUAGAAUGCCUUGGGAUGCCUUGCAUUCAGGCACCUGGGGAAGCUGAGGCAUACUGUGCCUGGUUAAACAACAAUGGAAAAGUUGAUGGUGUCCUCACUGAAGAUGCAGAUGCAUUUCUUUAUGGAGGCCAAGUUAUAUACAAAAAUUUAGAUGUAUUAAACAAGCAUGAAUAUGUAGUUGAUAUCUAUGACAUGAGAGAUAUUGAAAAUAAACUUGAGCUGACAAGGGAGACGUUGGUUGCUAUGGCAAUGCUGGUUGGCUGUGAUUAUGACAAAGGAGUGCGAGAUAUUGGAACAGAGAAAGCUCAGGAAUUGUUUAGAGAAAUCAACCGCAAUCAGCUAGAUCCAUUAACAAGGGUAACAGGUUGGAGAACAAAUAAUGAACUGGAGAGGUUGUCAACAUCAACAGAAAAAAGAGAGGCUCACUGUAAACAAUGUCAGCACAAAGGGACAAAGAUCCAACAUGAGAAAGAGGGAUGCAUUGAUUGUAGUUCAAACAUACCAUGUGAUCAAAGUUCAAAAGUCAAAUGUUCCUGUGGAGGUGUAUUUCAUGAGAAAGAAAAAUAUAGACUGGAACUGAGAUAUUAUAAAAAAAGCAGGAAGAAUCAAUCUUUUCCAAACAUAAAGGUGGUUAAUGAGUUUCUUCAUGCCAAUGAUGAUUUGAGAGAGACUAGCUUUGAAUGGAAAAGAAUAAAUAUUACCAAAUUGAAAAUUCAAGUUCCUUGGGUGGCUUAUGAAAAUAUAGCAGAACUUCUUGUGCAGCUGAAAAUGAUAGGUUUAUCCAGCUUCAUGGAUGCAGAAUCAAUGAUUCGGCCUCUGAGAGUAUUAAAGGAAUGCCAACAGAAUUUUGUGAAGUGUUUUAAAGUCCAGUGGACCAAACUUGAUGUUGACAGCAAGUCAUCAGAUGAUUGUUAUAUAUUUAUUGUUGAUCAAGAACCCUUUAAGAAGUUGUACAAAAGUGAAGUAUUGAAGUAUCAGGCAGAAAUAGAAGAAGAAAGCAAAAGUAAAGAGAAAGAAAAACAGAUUAGAAGAGGCAAGAAAAGAAAGGAUACCACGAGUGGAAAAUCCUCAUUAAUGACAGAUUUCUUUAAAGUGAAGAAAAAAUCAUCACCACCCCCACCAGAAGAAGUCAACCAUGAACGUACAUAAAAAUUCAAGAAGAAAUUGUAAUUGAAGAGGUCAACAUGAACCUACAUAAAAAUUAUAGAAGAAAUUGUAAUUGAAGAGGUCAACCAUGAACCUACUCCUACGCAAUGAUUUAAGAAAUAACAUCACCAACUCUAUCAGAGGUUGUCACAUGGUAAUACUUAAGUCAACUAUGAAACUACACAACAAUUAAAGAAUAAAUCCUCACCACACCAACCAGAAGUUGUCACACUAUAUUGGAUCAAGUCAACCAUGAGCGAGAAAGAAAUAAACAGAAUCACCUUCACCAGAAAUAAUAACUAAGUCAACCAUGAAACUACACAUUGAUUUAAGAAAUAAAAAUCAUCACCACACCUCAGAAUUUGUCACAUUGAAAUGGAUCAUCAACUAUGAACCAACACAAUAAUUAAAACUUGUUAUAUAUAAACUCAACUUUAAUAUUUGACAUAAAGUCGAUUGUUAUUCAUAAUGAUGUGAUUAUAUUUGACUGUAAAAUGUGACUAUAUACAUGUUAUUUUCCUUUGCAGUCAUCUGGCAAACUUCUACAUGUAUAUACAUUUUCACAAAGAACUGAGAAUAUUAAACCAUUCAAAUUCACCAGAAAUGUUACUCACAAGAAAUUGAUGAAUUUCAUUAAUUACAUGUACAAUUGUAUAAUUUAUUAUAAUAGCUGUUACAGUCUGCAAAAAAAGGGAAACAUUUUUUUUUUCAUUUAUUAUAAAAUUUUUAUAUUCAGUAUCUUAAAAAAAUGCGCUUUUUUUCAACAAAAUUAUGUAUUCUUAUAAGAAAAAUAAAUAAUACUUGCUUCCCUUACUAGAACAC